GCCAGCCCUCUCUAUGUUCACGCGGAUCGAUAAUAAUGCCUCCGCCAAAUCAUGAUUGAUCAAUUAUUGAUUAAAAUCAGGCGCAGCAUUGUACCUCCGUGUCACCUUCGCAGAAAGGAUUAGAGGCUGCAUUGUUGGAUUAUAUAGACCCCUUACUCCCCACUUUUCAUAUUUCAUCUUUUAGUAGUCCCUCGAUUCAUUGAACAUCGCGAUAAGUUGUUUACGAUGCCAGAAUCGAAGUAUAUUGAGCAGCAUGUAAAAUUUGUUCAACCAGAAUGGUACGUUGUGUUUCAUGCUCGGAAAGAGAAUAGUUUCAAUGAACAAUCGCUAAUGGAAGUCGUAAGGUCACGGUUGCGGACUACUGGUAAGAACGGAAGUGAUUAUGUCGUGGAAGUCGAAGCAGACCAGCACAACAUUAAUUUAAACAGCAACCUGGAUGCCAAGUAAGAUGUAUCAAGUUUGUACUCCGUCCACAUUGUGCUAAUACAUCCAACAAAGGAUUCAAAAUCCAUUAUCCGGAAUCCCAGCGACUUUGCUGCACCAUCAGGUUGAGGACUUUGCGACUAAGCAUGAAUUACUCGAGAUUGUUCCUCUAUUAAUCAAAGGGGCAUUAGUAGCACAAGACCCGACAAAUUACGAGGAUAUAAAAGGUGAAGAUGCUUUGAAUGAUCAAGAGAUUGAAUGCUUGAGGGAUGAAGUCCUUCAUAAAUGGAAACAGCCAUGGGCGUUGUAUACUACUAUCAUUGCAUGCUCCAUUGGGUAUAUAGUCCUCCCUUUCUUACUGAUUACUAGUCUUUCCACUCUAACUUUCGCCAUAACAGAGCUGCUGUUCAAGGUUGGGAUCAAACAGGUGGGUUUAGGAUGACAUUUCACACUCCUGCUAGCCUUUUGAGAGAUAGACGAGGCUUAAGAUAAACUUGGAAUGUCGAAGUUGAGUCCAAAAAGGCGCUAUGAGGAACAAAUCUCCAGAAGCUUCACCUACCUCUCCUUCCUCUCCUUAAUGUUUAAGUGUGCUAUUCACCGACUGACAAAUAACUUAGGCUCAAAUGGUGCAAAUUUAUCGUUUCCUGACCUGUUUGGCAUUGGAGGAAAAUCUACUCGGGAUACGAUGCUAGUUGGACUCUGCAAUGCCGCCCCUUAUAUCAGCAGCGCAUUUAUAGGCUGCUGGAUUUCCGAUCCCCUCAACAACUAUUUCGGUCGGCGUGGAACCAUAUUUAUUUCUGGGAACUUUUGCCUUUGGAGUGUGAUUGGUAGUGCUUUUACAACAACCUGGGAAGAGCUUUUCAUUUGCCGCCUUAUACUCGGACUUGGAAUGGGUGCGAAGGCUUCUACUGUUCCCGUGUAUGCAGCGGAAAAUUCUCCUGCGGGUAAGUCCAUUCUCCCUUUGACUACCUAUGGCUUCUCAGCUAAAAAGUGAGUAGCCAUUAGAGGUGCCCUGGUAAUGUCCUGGCAAGUGUGGAAUGCCUUCGGGAUCUUCCUAGGCUUUUGCGCAAACUUGAUAGUAGCCAAUGUACCACAAAUCGCCUGGCGUCUCCAACUCGGCUCUGCAUUCAUACCCGCUGUACCCCUUUGUAUCCUUAUCUUCUAUUGCCCAGAAAGUCCUCGCUGGUAUAUGAAGAAAGGUCGGUACCCAGAAGCCUACCAGUCUCUAUUAAAACUUCGGAACAAUCCCCUACAAGCAGCGCGUGAUCUUUAUUAUAUCCACUCGCAGCUUGAGCUUGAAGCAGAAAUUGUGGGGAAUCAUACUUACUUGACACGUUUUACACAGUUGUUUACAGUGCCCCGAUUGAGGAGAGCGACGCUAGCCAGCUUUACAGUUAUGUUGGCGCAGCAAAUGUGUGGAAUUAAUGUGAUAGCAUUUUAUUCCUCAACUGUCUUUCAAAAAGCGGGUGCUGGGAGAAUCAAUGCGCUUUUAGCUUCGUGGGGAUUUGGCCUCGUCAACUUCAUCUUUGCAUGGCCAGCUGUCUGGACUAUUGAUACAUACGGGAGGCGAACCUUAUUGCUGUUUACCUUUCCUAAUAUGGCUUGGAGUAUACUUGCCGUGGCACUUUGUUCGUUAAUAUCGGAAACCAGCCGAGCGCACCUAGGCCUUAUGGCGCUGUUUAUAUAUGUUUAUGCUGCAUUUUACAGCCCUGGCGCAGGGCCAGUUCCAUUCACAUACUCUGCUGAGGUAUUUCCACUGUCACAUCGUGAAGUUGGGAUGGGCUGGGCGGUUGCUACGAACCUUUUUUGGGCUGCUGUAUUAGGCAUCACUUUGCCCAGAAUGCUUGACGUUUUUACUGUUGCCGUAGGCUAUCUUCUUCUUUUAUCUUCAAAUACCUUUUCUUGACUCGAAUACUGAUGUCUCAUAGGGAACUUUUGGUUUCUAUGCCGGGCUUAACGUCAUCUCUCUAUGCAUGAUAUUCCUUUGGGUGCCUGAAACCAAGCAACGUACACUCGAGGAACUAAAUUUUGUAUUUGCUGUCUCUACACGCACACAUAUGCACUACCAGCUUACUAAAGCAUUACCGUGCGUUACCCCGCCUUUUUUUUCGUCCCCCAACUAAGAGUACAUAGAUGGUGGAUAAGGCGGUGCAUAUUCCAGCAAAAAUACGUAACGCUCGAACCACUGUACGGCUUUGAGAAGCCAAUUGGCCAUCGACAGAUCGACAAUUUGCAUGAAAAUGAUAGACUGAGAGCUCAGAGUACACAGAAUAGCGAACGAAUGGCAAAACAUCAGAAACAGAGUUUUGGCGGGGUAGAAGGAGCCUUGAGAGGAGGUAACUUUAUGGGGGCAAGGGAUCUAUAAGAUUUUACCAUUGAGGAGGGGUAUUUUGUGUUAUAUUCGUUAUUAUUCUCGUACGUGGGACAAAUUCCUUUUACCCAACCGACUUGAGUUCAACGCCCUACUUGGUUUCUCCACUAGACUUCUAUUACCUAGUAACCAACUUUGGUCGGAGAAUUUAAAACUGCGAAUUUACCGU